AUGCUAUCUUCACUUGCCGUUACCUUCGUAAACCUUGCAAUAGGAGCCGUGAGUUCAAUCCCAAGUGAACGUUUUGAGUCAUCAGUCGACCUAAUCCUGGAUAACCUGCUGUUCAAUGGCUUGGUCUUUAUUGCCAAUUCCUUGGUUAUUGGACUCCUUGUUGGUAAGUUAUGAAAAUUCAUUGUAUUUGUCUGUCCCAAGACCCUUAUAUGUUACAGGCAGGCUCAUACCUUAACUUGGGCAUCCUGAUUUAUUGUUCAAAGUUCUUGCAAUAAAAGUUGUAUAGAUUACUUCAUAGUUAAUAAUUAAAAAGCGCGCACGAUUUUUAUUCACAAGUUCAUUACAAGUGAAUAGAUAUCGUACAAAUUAACCAUAACCUUGAAGUAAUUUUUUUCAUUCUUUUACCAUUUUUUAUCUUUUUUUACUUUGAUCAAAAUCAAAUCACCGUGGGAAAGUUUACUAGUAUUUCCUUAAUCAAUAUUAAAUCAUUAUUGUACUUGUUAUAAAAUAAUAUAGAAACAUGCAGCCAUGAAACAAAUAUUUAUCAUAGAUGAGGCUCCUUCUCGGGAGUCGACAUUCAUAACAAUUCUUGGAUCAAUUUAGGUUUCCGGGAAACUGCCCACCUACCCCUCCCCUAAGCUAACAUUAACACUUAGUUCUCACUUUGGGCAAAAUGAUGGCUUAGGGGAGGGGUAGGUGGGUAGUUCUCCCUGAUUGAUCCCAAUUCUUUGUCAUACGGUAUUUUUAUCUCCUCCUCUUAAAGAGCAAGGAAAGAGUUUGCGUUAGGUUUAUUUCCUUUUCUUUUAAGUUUUAGAUACAUUUGUUUUUUGUUCUAAAGCUUUUCGUGUCUGUUCAAGCUUAGCGUCUUUCGCAAUGCUGAAACUGGAAUUAUUCGUCUUUAAAUACAGUUCAAAACUGGCCAUUAAAGAUAACGUAAAGGACUGGCUUCAUAGUCAUCUCACACAUACAGCUCCUUCGGGGCAAUUUCUUUGCUUGACUCGUUAAUCGUCGCUUAAAUCGGUUUUCUUUGUGUGUGUGUGUGUUUUUUUUCUCGUUUUCGUGGCUCUCGAUAAAUUUCUUUAUUGAUUCUAUAAACUAUAAACCCUGCAGAACUUUUCUGAACUUUUUCACUUUUGGCAAGUGUACGCACCAAAAAGCAGGAAACGAUACAAUUUUUGCCACUUAAGUGAAAAAAUCCGUUUGAGGCCUGUGAUUGGUCAUAAGAUAUAUGUAGAAAGAACUGAUUUUUUGCUAACCCGGUUUUCAAAAAUCCAGGUAGUAGAUAUAUAAAUUUAGUAUAUACUAAAACAGUGGAUAGUGUUUUUCGCGCGCUCUGAUUGGCUAUUCAAUCAGUGAAUAUCCUGCACUAGUCACUGAUUGACCUCCAGUUCGUCCGACCGAGAGUCGUCAAACUCGCAUAAGUUGCGAGCAAAAUGCCUUCCGGGUUUCCUGCCGUAACAAACAAAGAAAUUUCACAAAUAAUCAAGCAAGCUGUUCCCGAAAUACACAAAGAAGGUGACGAAGUUCGGUUUGGAAGUUUUAACAGGUCAUGCUUUGUCUUAGUUCGACUUGAAUUUAUCGAUGAAACCGGUGGAAAAGUUUUUUGUUUACAAAUGCGAAGUCUUGCCUGAUUACUUCAUUUAGUUGACUUGUUAAUAAAUAAGCUCAAAACUAAAUUUAAUAAUCUUUUUUUACAGAAUGAUUUUAAAUACCAAACGAAUACACGACUCCUUUUGAAGAAAUUUCCCGGCAAGAUCUAAACAAAUGCCCUUAAAAGUUUUAUUUGUCGGCAAGAUAAAGCGACGGCCGCGGCCGUUCGGUCAUUGCGCGCCAAAUUUGUAAUCGUUCGCAACAGUAAAUUAGUUAAAAAUCAUCAUUUUUUGCUCAAUUAUGUCACUGUUUUAGUAUAUGCUAAAACAAUUAUUCACCUCAGUGUCGGUGGCUAGUAAACCGCGUCUCGGUAAAUAGUCACCACUUGCUACCGACAAUGAGGUGAAUAAUUGUUAUAUAACUUUUUUUUACCAGUGAGCAAAUUGCAUGACCAAUCAGACUGUUUUUUGUUUCUGACGAACCAGCUUUGUUUAGAGUAAAUCAGUAAUUACAUAAUGAAUCUCUAUGUUUUUUUUUUUUUAAAAAAAAACAAUGUAUUAUUACGCUUGACCUGAACAAGAAAAAUGCUUAAGAGCACGGUCAGGAAAUAUCUAGCAUUGAGUGGCAAGAGUUGAAAUAUCGAUUCCUUUAUUCUUUUUUCCAUAUACAGCUUUUAGGUAGAUAAGAAACGUGCUGUAAAUUGUUUUCACCAAUAGCCUUUUAUUUGCCACAAAAAUUAAAAUAUCGGUUUUCAAGUCUCAAAAUGGCCCAUUUUUUUUAAAACUAAAAUUCGCUAACAUCAACUUUACUCGCGUUCGCAACCAAAGCCGCAUGAACAAAUUUGGACACUUCCCAUAACAGAACAAUUUUUUUUCACUGUUAGAGUAACUUUCAGGGAAAUAGCGAGAUU